CCCCCCCGGGCCCCCGAGGGUGGGGCCUGGCCAAGCACGGGGCCAUCGGUGUCACCCAGCCCCGGCGCGUCGCCACCAUGUCGGUGGCGCAGCGGGUGGCCGAGGAGAUGGGCUGUGCCCUGGGCACUCUCGUGGGGUACCAGGUCCGCUUCGACGACUGCACCUCCGAGGACACUGCCAUCAGGUAUAUGACUGAUGGCUGCCUGUUGAGGCAAAUCCUGACAGAUCCCCUCCUCAGCAAGUACAGCAUCAUCAUUUUGGAUGAAGCCCAUGAGCGCAGCCUCAGCACUGAUAUUUUAUUUGGUUUGCUGAAGAAACUCUUUCUACAGAAGAAGCCCCCGGACAGGAAGACGGAGAUGAAGGUGGUGGUGAUGUCGGCCACCCUGGAGGUGGACAAGCUCUCCGAGUUCUUUGGACACUGCUCAGUGCUGCACAUUCCAGGGAGGAGUUACCCUGUCAAGGAGAUAUUCUGCAACCUGCUGAGCCCCAGGGACGUGGGCAGCUCUGCCUAUGUCACAGAGGCUGUGAAAGUCACGCUGGAUGUCCACCUGAAUGAACCAGAAGGUGACAUCUUGGUCUUCCUGACAGGUCAAAUUGAGAUAGAAAAAGCCUGUGACUUGCUCUUCAAGAAAGCAGAGUCCAUUGAUUACCGCUACGAGGUGCACGAUCAGGCUGUGGAGGGAUUGCUUAUCCUACCUCUGUAUGGCUCAAUGUCAACAGAUCAACAGAAAAGGAUAUUUUUGCCAGCUCCUACGGGCAUUAGAAAAUGUGUGGUGUCCACAAACAUUGCUGCAACAUCUCUGACCAUCGAAGGAGUCAGGUACGUCGUGGACAGCGGGUUUGUGAAGCAGCUGAAUCACAACCCCCGGGUUGGCUUGGACAUACUGGAGGUGGUUCCCAUUUCAAAGAGCGAGGCGAAGCAGCGAGCUGGCCGAGCCGGCAGGACCUCGUCCGGGAAGAGCUACCGGCUGUACAGCAGGGAGUUCUGGGAGCAGUGCAUGCCUGACCACACCGUCCCAGAGAUCAGGAGGACCAGCCUGACAUCUGUCAUCCUGACCUUGAAGUGCCUCUCCGUGCAUGAUGUCAUCAGAUUUCCCUACUUGGACCCCCCUGAAGAAAGACAUAUUUUAGAAGCUCUCAAGGAACUGUACCAGUGCAGUGCUAUUGACAGGAGAGGCCAUGUGACAAGACUGGGAGAAUUCCUGGUGCAGUUUCCCCUCCCUCCCAACCUGAGCUGUGCUGUCAUAAAAGCUGCUUCCCUUGACUGUGAGGAUCUCCUGCUUCCCAUUGCAGCCAUGCUGUCCGUGGAAAACGUCUUCAUCCGGCCAGGUGAUCCUCAGAAGCAAAAGGAGGCUGAGCUUCAACACCAGGAACUUUCCUCACAAGUGGGAGGAUGCAAUGACUUUGCAACCCUCUUAAAUAUUUUUGAACAGUGCAAAGCAAGCAAGUCUCCCUCAGCCUGGUGCCAGAGACACUGGAUCCAUUGGAGGGCUUUAAAAUCUGCUUUUAGCGUGGAAAAACAGCUCCGGGAAAUCACCAGUAAACUGAAAGAGCUGCCAGACUUCCCCAAAGAGACAUUUGAAGGCUCCAGAACUGAAAUACUGAGGAGGUGCCUGUGUGCAGGAUACUUCAUCAAUGUAGCUCGGAGAUCUGCAGCCAGGACCUUCUGUACAAUGGACGGACAUGGCAGCAUUGUCUACAUCCACCCCUCAUCCACACUGUACAACCAGGAGACUCUGCUGGAGUGGAUCAUCUUCCACGACGUCGCCGUGACGUCCAAGAUCUACGUGCGGACGGUGUGUCCCGUGCGCUAUGAGUGGGUCAAGGACCUGCUGCCCAGGCUGCACCAGAUCGAUGCCUACGAGCUGAGCAGCGUGGCCAGGGAGGAGGUGACAGAGGAGGAAAUAACCAGGUGGAAGCACAGGGAGGACCUGAAGAGGCAGCUGGAAGGAGCCACAGACAACUCUGCCAAGAAGAUGGAGAGAAGGAAUGAUGAUCAGUCCAUCCUGGAUGCCAGAGCCCGUUACCUGGAGAGGAAGCAGCAAAGAGCACAGGGUUUAGGUGGCCCAGUGAAAGAAACGGGGUAAUUCUGGUGGCAGCUCCACUCCCACGUGAGGGAGGGUGGUUUGUGCAGCUCUGGGGAUGUUUGCACGAUGCAAAGUGACUCACAGGAAUGGAGGGAAACUUCUGCUUUGUGGUUAUUUCAGUGCAGAAGAGGAAAACACAACCUUCCUUUGCUGCAUCCAGCAGGGAAAAGUGACCAAGCUGAAUUUUGUUGCUGCGUGUCACUGGCAACAGUUUACUGGCUGGAAGACUGUGGUGCCAAUUCUGCAGCAUUUAAUUGACUUAAAAAGGUCUCAGUGCCAACAAAAAUAAAAUUUUCUUAAAGAU